AUGCUGCCGCCGUCAGACCGUCUGAGGCGACUCGUCGUUCCUUUCCUUUCACUCGUGUCUGUUACCCUUGCUCAGUAUGCUCUCAUUGACGAGUAUCUUCCGACCAACUUCUUCGACAAAUUCAACUUCUACACGGGGCCGGAUCCUACAUGGGGACAUGUCCAUUACAAGAACAGGAGCUACGCACAGGACAAUGGACUGAUCAACACAUAUUCCGACCAUGUGCGACUGGGUGUGGACACUACCAAUCGUUGGCCGAUCGGUGGCCAGGGUCGCCCUAGUGUUCGCAUCUCCACGAAUGCCACCUAUCAACAUGGUCUUUUCAUUGCCGACAUCAGACAUAUGCCUUUUGGAUGUGGAACCUGGCCAGCGUAUUGGAUGCUGGGCCAGGGCCUAGAGAACUGGCCGGCUUACGGAGAAAUUGACAUCAUCGAAGGAGCCAAUUUGCAAGACAAAAACAGGAUGACACUCCACACGUCCAAUAAUUGCACUAUAGCUGGCAACAAUCAGAACAGCGAGCUGGUAACCCCCAACUGCUGGUCACAAGCCGGCGGCUGCGGUGUCCGGGCGAGGACGACCGACACUUACGGAGCAGGGUUCAACACAAUUGGUGGCGGAGUUUACGCUAUGGAAUGGACAUCAUCAUGGAUUCGGAUGUGGUUUUUCCCUCGCAACUCCAUUCCAGCCGGUGUUACGAGCAGCACGCCCGACCCUAGUACAUUUGGAGUGCCUUUGGCCAACUUCCAGGGCCCUAAUACCUGUAACAUCGACUCCAAAUUCGUCAACCACAAGAUAAUCUUCAACAUCGACUUCUGCGGACAAUGGGCUGGUAAUGCAUACGCCAGUUCCGGCUGCCCAUUGACCGCAAACCAAACAGGCUGGGAUUCCUGCGUGUACUUCGUAGGCGAUAACCCUUCGAACUUCACUGAGGCCUACUGGUCAAUCAACUCCUUGAGGGUAUACCAGAUUCCGGACAUCCACUUCAUCUUCCUCUACUCCUCACACUACCACAACGUCAACUACCUCCUCUUCCACAUCUGGAACGUCAAGCGCCGCUUUGCCAGGAAGCACGCUUACCUGUCCUGCCUCCCACGGCACGGUCUAUCAAACCUUUUACAACAGAUAUGUAUUUCAUUGCCGAGUCAGCUUCGUUCAUAUGCCUAG